AGAGGUGAAAAACUAUAUAAAACAAACCAUGUCUAUGUCCUACAUUGUCCUCUGUUGUCUUGGAGAUGCUUGGCUUAUCUCAAAGUAGGACCCAUACCUUAGUGAUGAGGCUGAUACCGCUCCUUCUUCCCUCCACCUUGUGGUCUUGGUGUUUACUCAGCAUACCUCCGGCCGCUGGCCAGAUUACAAAGAGUAUAGGCUGGGGACCCGGUGGCAUCGGCAAGAGGAGUAUGGACGCCAGGAGCGGCAGUGAGUUCCGCAUUAUAGGGCGCCCUGAUUUUUAUGGCUUCUUCAUUCAGUUAUUAAAACAAGACCAACGCCUUGAUCGGCAAAUUCCAAUGCCCAGUUGGAAUCACAAACACCUAGAUGGACAAGACCCAAUGUCCAGUUGGAGUGACGAAGAUCAACACCUCGAUGGACCAAACAGAGUGUCCAGUUGGAAUCACGAAGACAGACACCUCGAUGGGCAAGACCAAAUGUCCAGUCGGAAUGAUGAGUCUGUAGAAAGCGACAUCACGAAAAUAUUCCUAUCGAACUUAUCAAAAAGAUAGAAAACUGAGCAAGUAUGCACGUAGCAUCUGAAGCCUCGGAACUUUUAUGAGUUCAUCCGGGGAACUUCGGGAACGUCUGCCAAUUAUCCUCAUCUCACACAUUUGGGUCCAAGUAAGAAACGUCCUGGUUGAAAUUUUGGCUUCGGAAAAAAAAAAAAAGACGUAUCCAAACACAUUCAUACAAAAGUUUGCGUAUUAACGCAACGUACUUAUAAAAUAUUUGUUUCAAACAAAAUAUGUGUUCAACUUUUUAUUUAGUCUUUCUUCCAUUAUUUAAUAUUUUAUAUAUGUAAUCGCUUCACAUUUUCGAUUUCUAUUGCAGCGCCACUGUUCUAUUUUUAGCAAAUUGACUUAAGAAAAGGUGUUCUCCGUUUCAUUAUUGGUGCCCAAUGUUUUGUUUAUACUUGUAAAAAAAAAUUAUAGAAUUUUUUUUUCUGCUGAAUAAAUCUAUGAACCUAUUUAUAAAGUGAAUAAAUCUUUUAUGAAAAUUA